AAUGCUAUUAAUGCUCAGGACUGCUCAUUAUCUAAUCCAGCAUGACUGAUCUCACUGGGGUGAUGGGAUGGGAUGGGAUGUGAUAGGAUGUGUGACUAGUUGCUGCAGGAAUGAUAAUGAUAACUGUGGGCGAAUACGAGUGUUGUUCAUUAGCAUGUAACAGGAGUUAGACCUAUAGAGCGCUGUGUUAUUAUGGAGGAUAAACGUGGAGGAGGAGGCGGAUGCUUGUGAAAGCCACCUAUGCUGGUUAUCGUUGCCUCUCUGUGAUGCUGAACGCGGCCGAGUCCUGAACGCUUCUGUGCUCCCUGCGCAGGUCCACUCCACUGCGGUAAUGUCCUCUAUGAGCUAAGUAGUGCACUAGAUGUUUAAUUGAGUGAGGUUUGGGAGGCGUCCAUGGCGCGUCACGUUGUCUCAGCUCACUCCUAGCUUUGUAAUUCUGAUCUUUUGAUUUGUUUCUCUUUUUUUUAUUUACAUUUUUUUUAAUACCGUGUGGAAACUCGAUUUAGACUCACGUGGACUUCAAUCAAGGUUUGUGCGCGAGCACCGGCUCCGGUGUAAAUGUCUCCCGUUAUUGCUUUGGCUUUGAUAUCGGGUCUGUCUUCUCACUACAGCAGAUAACUGUCAUCUACUUAAAUCUGAUAGAUCCGCGGCUUUUGUGUGAACUGGCGCUUGUUGUACCUCGAACAAAAGAUCCUGAACGUCCUGAAUCCUGUAACAGGAGCGUCUCGAGAAGGCGCGCGGCCUCCAUUCAUCAACCAUGUGAUUCAUUCCGAGGCUCGCGAUUUUCCCUCUUAUGUGUUUUUAUUCUUCUCAGGGGCGCAGGGAGAGGCAUUAUUUAUAAAAAUAAAUAAAUAAAACCCCGCUUUAAGGCUUUGAGGAAGGCCAACGUGUGUGUGUGUGUGUGUGUGUGUGUGUGUUUAUGCGCAGCGUUAACAGCUUGCCUUUGCUUUGCCGCACGCGCUGCCGGACUGAUGAUGGAGAUGCAGUGCCAUGGAAACAAUAGGAAGCAUUGCGCUACUCUGUUAGCUAGCUAUUAACUACAGACAUGCUGUGUGGUACUCAUAAAGCAGCAUUAGAUUCAAAUGCAGGAGUUUGUACUAGGAUUUACGGUGUUUAUUCAGAUGUCUUAAAAUCAUCACUUAUAAUAUUUCUAUAAUUUUUUUUUGUCAUUGUGCCAAUAGUCCAGAAUUAAUGAAGCUGUCCCGUCUGAGGCUGCAAUGCAGAAACAAACACCAUGGUUUUGCUCCGUCAACACUUCACGUUACUGCUGAUUCCUUCAGGGCGUUUCUGCCAACUUUAAGAUAGACGAAGAAGCAGAGCAGUAUUGCAAGGACCAUGCUCAGCUUCCUAGCAGUCGGCUCCGUAUUCUUCCCAGGCCUUUUCCUGCUGUUUAAGCGAUGUCUGAAACAAGCGCCAAGGCUGAAGUGGAGCGAGGCCGACGCCGUCAUCGUCUCCGCAAGGCUAGUGUCUUCCAUUCAAGCAGUCCUGGCUUCCUCAGCUGGGUUCAUCAUCGCAUCAUCUUGCGAAGACAUCAUUGAGGACCAGCACUGGCUCACUAGCACCUACAUCCUGUUUGCGGUCCCUUACUUUAUCUAUGACAUCUACGCCAUGUUCCUGUGCUACUGGUACAAGAUACAAGUCAAAGGUCAUGAGGAGGAUGCACCAAAAAUCAGCACGGUGAUUCGCAGCUACCUGUGGCGAGAGUUUCUCAUGGUGCUUCAUCACGUUGUCAUGGUUACUGUCUGCUUCCCUGUGUCUGUGUUCUGGCGACAAGGAAAGGGGGAUUAUUUCCAAGGUGUCAUGUUCCUAGCUGAACUCAGCACUCCGUCUGUUUGCUUGGGAAAAGUACUCAUUCAGUACAAGCAGCAGCACACGCUCCUUCAUAAAGUUAAUGGAGCACUCAUGCUGAUAACUUUUUUCGUCUGUCGAGUUCUUCUCUUCCCCUACCUCUACUACGCCUAUGGCAGGUAUGCGGAUAUCCCCCUGUACAAGGUACCGCUGUCCAUUCCGUGGCAGUAUAACAUGGGUGCUGCUCUGCUCAUGGCUCCGCAGGUGUACUGGUUCGGUCUGAUCUGCAGGGGAGCCUUUCGCCUCUUCACCCGGGCCUCUCGCCAUCAUCGUCGCCCAGUCAGUAGGGACUCCGAGCCCAAAACCCCUAUCAUGCCCCCAGCCAAUGGCUACAGUCCCUGUGACACAGAAAGAGAGCCUAACACGCACUGAGAGACACAGAGGGGCUGGAAGUGAAAGAUUGUUUAGAGGUUGUUUUUAGGCCUCAGAUAAUAAUGGGAAACCUGAGGUUAAAUACUAAUAUAUUACAAAUAGUAAAUGUCCUGCUGCUCCAUUAGGUGGUGGAAGAUAAAAGACAAUGGCAGAGAAAUCAGAGGGAGAACGAGACAGAGAGUCUGAAGAUGAUCAUCUCCAUUCUUUGUUUCCCUCUGAGGAAUUGCAAGAGCAUGCUAGUAAAGCCUGUUUCAUACUCCUAAUGUAAAACCUCCGGAUGCGAACAGACGUUCGGAUUGUAUUCUUCAUCCCAGUUAUAUAUUCCUUGACUGAAUUUCAAACCGUUGGGGAAGGGGUAUGUAAUAUAAUGUACACAAGCACUUAUCAUUUGUACAUGACCAUUCUCAUACUAGUUUGCAGAAACAACAGAUGAAAGCUGCGGGCAUGUUCGUAUUCCAAACUACUAAACCACCAUUAACAGAAAUGUGAUGAGCGAGUAAUGGAGAGAGGAUACUCUUUCUCUCUUUAGUUUCU